ARAGUUUCUGCAGUUGAGAGAACUUUUAUUUGGAUUUUAGGAAUCAAAUAACAAAUAUUGAAGUGCUCAGAUGUAGUUACCAUUGCGUCUUCCUCCCGUCUUCCUAAAAGYGCACAAAUCUACGUUGUUUUGUACGAUAUGGAAGCUCAAUUCUGUCCAAGGUGCAAAACAACGAAAGAUAGAAAUCCAAAACUCAAGUUGAUGGUCAAUGUUUGCGGUCAUAAACUGUGCGACAAUUGCGUGGAUGUACUUUUCACAAGACCAUCAGCAGCUUGCCCAGAAUGCAAUACUCCACUACGUCGGAGCGACUUUCGYUUGCAACAGUUUGAAGAUCUCAUUGUCGAAAAGGAAGUUGACAUACGUAAAAGAAUAGUCAGAAUAUACAACAAGAGAGAAGAAGACUUCCAGUCACAGCCAAACCCACUGAGAAGUUUUAAUGACUACCUAGAAGAAGUAGAGGACAUCAUUUGGAACCUUUCCAAUGGUGUUGAUGUGGAUGAGACAAGGAAAGCUGUAGAAAAGUACAAGAAGGAUAAUGAAGCACUGAUUAGGAAAAACAAUGUCAAAAUGGGAAGAGAGGAAGCUAUUAUUUUAUCACAAAUUGAGGAAGAAGAAAAAAUGGCAGAAAAUAAAAGAAAAGAAGUCGUAAUGAGUAAAAUGGAAGAGAAAAGAAAGAAACAAAUGGAAAAUGAAUCAUUUCUUAAUGAUUUGGCUUCAGGAGAUCGUCCACUGGAUGAGAUUAUAUCUGAGCACUCCACUAAAAUGGCCAAAAAAACUUCUGUCCUAUUUUCAUCUGUCAAGCCAAAGACGGAAAGUGUUYCCUUACCAUCGAUGGAUGCUCCAUUGUUCAAGUAUAUUGCUCCAGUUGAAGAUAAUUGUGGGAUUGAACCACCAUCUCAAGAAUUGCUAGCACCUAGAGGAUACUUGAAAAAUAUUCGUGCAACUACAUCAAGUGAGAAAGCAGGUGGCUACACUGCUGAACUUGGCUGUGGACGUGCAAUUCAAGAAGCUUUCUCAGCCCUCUAUUUGAACUGUGAUACUCAAGCAUAGCAAGUGUCACUGUAUAUAGUUGUACUCAGAUGGAUUAUUUAUAUUAAUAAAACAGUUUACAAAAUCA